AUGGUCACGCUAUUCGAUCGCAAGGCCAAAACGGCACCGUCCCAUUACCCGCGCAUACUGUUUCACUCCGUGCGGUUCUUCCAGCUCAUAUCAAGCGUGGUCGUCGGUGCGAUCAUGAGCUACUUCAUCUGGCACCUGACCCACGACCACUGGAGCACGCCUUGGACGUUCAUAUGGCUCGCCUCCGCCUCACUGUUCUCAAUUGCCGCGCUACUCACGACCAUGGUACUGCACUGCUGUAUAGGUCUCAACCCGCGCUUGAACAUCGCUAUCAACGGCUUCCUCCUCAUCCUGUGGGCGCUUAGCUGGAGCCUCCUGACAUGGUACAUGAGCGGGACCCUGGCGCACGAGUGCGAUGCCGCGCAUUGGCAUGAGGAGAUCGGGAUGAUGGUGUGCCGGAUAUACAAGGCGCUGUUCACAUUCACGCUGCUUGGACUAGUAUCCACAGCGACGGCCCUUGGUCUGGAUCUCUACGUCCGGCGGCUACAAAGUCAACGCGGCAUCUACCAGCUGCACGACCUUGCCGCGAACCGCAAGCGACCUGAGGCGACGCGCGGACCCUUCACUGAUGAUGAGGGUAGCUAUGCACACUCCGGUCUCGAUGAGCCGCGACAGAGCGAAGCGUGGGAUGCACCGAGACCCUCGAUGGGUCCUUAUGCCGAACAGCGAGACGUCGCCGACAAGGCGAUGCAUCAACAAGGCUACAGUGUACCGGAGAACCAGUUCGAUUACGAUACCGGCUACCAUGGUGGCCAUGAGGAACGUGCAUUUAGCUGA